AUUCUGUAACAAAGCUAACGUUUUUUUAUGUCAAAAUAUUUGUACAAAUAUUAAGUUAUCGUAACAAUAGGGCGUUAACAAUAGAUUGUGAAUGGUUGAAAUAGAGCAGAAGGUAAACAGUCACCAAAAAUGAGCGACAUUAAAGUGAAAGAAGAGAAGUUUGUGCUUGAAAAUGAAACCUUUGAAAUGCUUAAAGCGCUUUAUGAGUUCAAAGCUGUUUAUCCAAAAACUAUCAGUUUCGAUGAAGGCGAAAUGUUUAUUCUUCAUCAAACAUCAGCAAGACAACGGAACUGGUGGCAAGUCGUCAAUGAACAAGGCAAUAUCGGAUUUGUGCCAUCGAAUUACGUGGAAAAGUUGAAAGUUGAACCAGCUUUUCUUCUGGAAUUUCUCGAAACAACAAUUGAAAAUCUCAAACAUUCCGAUGAGAAAGAAAUCAACAACAUCAUAAGCAGAGAACAAUUGAUCUCGAAUUUGUUGGAGAAGAAAUCAAAUUUGGAGAAGAUAAUGUCGGGACAAAUUGAUGAUAUGCCUGAAGAGCCAACGCCUAAGGAAAAGCGCCAUAAAUCAAAAGUUGGAAAUGGUUCAGUUAAACAUGCUUCUGAUGAUUUUCCAAUCGAACAAGAACCACAACCGAAAGAAGGAAAAUCAAAACACAAAAACAGCAAACAUGAAAUGAAUAAAAAGGCAAUGUCAAGUUCAGUUGUGGCGGAAAUAAAACCACCGACUCAGUUGAUUCAAGAGAGUCCAAGCAUGAAUGUUUUGACAUCAAAACUUGAAGAUCUUUCUGUGACAUCACCAAGCAAUCCCGAUACGAGUCUUGUGUCGGAAAUCUCAUCUGGUGGAACGACAACAACAACAAUCACAAUAACCAGCACAACUGAUGACGCAACAAUAAUUACAAAAGAUUUCGAAGAUGAUGACGACGAUGAUGCUGCUGCUGGUCCACCAGCUCCAGAACAUUCUUCGAAAGUUGAAAAAGUUGAGAAUUCUCAUCAAUCUUCGUCAAUCAUUCAACCACCGAAGCAUCAUGCAGUGAUUGUUGAAGAGCAAGAUGUUUAUCAAAUUGUCGAGUCAAUAAGAAAAAGUACGAACUUGAGUCAUGAACUCUCACAAUUAGCGCUACGCGUUGUUAUAUCUGAAAUGGAAGCUUUACUGCCAGACUCUGGUAAAUUUCUUGAACCAAUUGCUGUUCAUUUGUCUACACCGCUUACAGUUCCUGACAAUCUUUUGGGUGAAACUCACGACGCACAACGUUUACGUAAUUUGUUUGCUGAACUUGCUGAUGCGAAAAAUGAUUCAGAACAAAGAAGUUGGAUGCUUUAUGAAGACGAAACUGACAUUACAAAUUAUCUGACUGAAUUGAUUCGAAUUUUAGUUGAUGCGGAUACGAAAAUUUGUCGUUAUGAGAUGUCAUGCGACGCUUAUAAUUCAGUUAAUAAUCUGGUGCUUUAUUAUCAGAUGGAAUCGCGUUGGAACAUUCGAAAAUUAUUAUUGCGUGCAUUUAAAGCGAUGUGUCUGCUCGACUUGACAUGUGUUGAUAUUCUGAUUAGUUCCGUGUUACCAUUGGAAUUAGUACAAGAUAUGCUAUCAAAUCCUGACAAUCUUGAGAAGCUCAGUGAACUUUCAGUGAUGCUUAUUAUGAUUUUUAGUGCUGGCCAUAAAAUGCCAACAGCAAACUUUGAACAUAUGCAAAUUAAUUUUGUUUUGUUUAUGUUGAAUCUUAUUGAAAAUCCUUUGGAAGAUGAUCAAACAGAAUUCUUGUCCGAUGUCAUGAUUAAUUUAUUAUUGGCAUUUAAUCUUCAAUUCGAUAAUUUUCACGAUAAUACAAUUUUGGAAGCGAUGCAACAGGUGAAAGCAUCGAAAUCAUUUACUGAGAAAAUUCUUCUUCUUAUCAACCGUGAAGAGGAUCCUGUGUUUGUUUUGAAACAUACAAAACCACCCGUCAAUUCAGUGUUGAAGAUGUUGGUUGAUCUUUUCAGCAUUCCAGAAACGACGACGCUUUUUUACACGAACGACAUUAAAGUUCUGAUUGAUAUUCUCGUAAGGCAGCUGUCAGAUUUGGGUCCUGGUGAUAUUCUUCGCAAAUGGUACUUGGAAUUAUGUCGUCGAAUACUACGCAACACAGAUUAUGCGGAACAUCAACAUCGCGCUCUUGAUUUGAUGAAAAUCUUUACGAGAAUAUUUUGUGAAGAAACUGUUGAAUCAGCUGGUGAUCAACAAAUAGUCCGGGAAAUAUCAAAUGAAUUUCCACAUAUUUUCAAGGCUUAAAAAUGUGACAUUGAUAUUGUGUUCAUUUGAAGGAGCUUGAAGAAGUUUUUUUUUGGAUCAUUGACUUUAAUUGCCGAGUCGAUUUUGGAUGAGGCUUUGUACGGAAAAGUAUUACGUGUAAUUAGAAUUGGUAAGUCAGAAAGUAACUUAGUACAUUUAGUGAACAAUAUAAAUGCUCAACAAUGAGCUGAAUGCCAAAAUGAAAACCUAAUUCUCUUUCAAGACUUUUAAGCAAGAGAUGGAAACGAAAGUUAAAGUUGAAACUCAAUCGAAAUAAAGAAAAAUUUAAAUUUCCAUCUUUUGUUGUAAAAAUUAAAUAUAUUCACUCCUUUUCCACAAAUAUUUAUUAGAAAUAUGAAAGAAAAUCUCCGGAAAAAGUGACAGCAGAAAAUUCAUUUGUGAAACUAAAUUUUAAUGGCUUAACAAAUGAAAUUCGUCUUGAAAACUUUCCAUGUUUUCUCUGUAGUGUCUGACAGCCUUCGAUAGAAACUUUUAACAAAACUAUGAAACAUUCUGAUAGCAAUUUUAACAAUGACAAUUGUCGAGUGAAAACACAUAAGUAAAUGUUACAAUUAAAAUGCUACUUUUAAAUAUUUUCUUCCUUUUUAAUGUUAAUGUUCUUAAAAUAUUUGACUUAAUUGCAUAAUUGGUGGAAAUUUACUUUACGAAAAGGAUAAAUAAAAUUUUUGGUGCAUAAAAAAAUCAUCGAAUGAAUUCCAGAAACGACGCCAAUAGGAUUGGAAACUUAUUUAGUCAGUGACACAUCACUAAGCAAUGCGCUUUCGUUUUAAAUAUAUUUAAACAACCAUCCAGUGUUAGAUGCCAAAGAAAUAUCUAAUUAAAUCCAAAUAUACUUACAAAGCUCAAAGUUAUUGAUUGAAACAAGAAACAUUUUGAUGAUAUUUAGCUUAAAAUUGUUUUAUGAAAUUUACGCAAUGUUAAAGUAAAGUCGUGCUGUUGAAUUGUAUUUAAAAUAUUUAGUUCAGUUUCUUUCUGAUCGAAUGAUUACUGUGAAAAAGAAAAUAAAAAAAUGUUUAAUUGAAUUAUUUGAAAAAAUAAAAAGAAUUUAUUUAUAUUCAUCAA